CUAGCUUACCUCAAAAACGAGAGAGGAAAACCAGAUUUCACUUUCUGAGUGAGAAACACUGUUGUUUUCAAGAGGUAAUUCGAAAUACUUUGCGAAGGGAUCGUAGUUUUUUUUUGAGUGCGUCGCGUCGUUCAAGCUUCGGUGACUUCCGCCGCUUUGGAUCCAACAUAGAAGCAGUUGCUUCGUCUUCCUCCUUCCUUUCCCCUUUCUCACGGUGAUGAAAAAGUCGCUGGAGAUGGAAGUGACUCAUCGCAUCUGUUGUUGCUAGAGCAGAGCUCGCGCCAUUAACCAGUACUGAGACAGAAGAGAAAAAACUUAAAAGCAGAGUCAGGUUCCCUUAACAUUUGCUGUACCCAGAUGGAGGAGUCAUCGUUCUUUGACCGGAUGAUCAGUCGCCUCCGCACUACGAGCAAGUAUUAUACUGGUUACCCAAAAGACCUUGGGCCCUCGCGGGUUAUUGACUUUACAUCAGAGCGAGAAUUUGUGCAGCUCCUGCAUGAAGGUCGUCCCAUGGUUGUUGCAUUUACUCUCAGGUGUGCCUAUACAAAGCAUCUUGAUAAAGUACUAGAGGAAGCUGCGGCUGAGUUUUAUCCCCAUAUAAAAUUUAUGCGUGUUGAAUGUCCAAAAUAUCCUGGAUUUUGUAUAACACGGCAACGGAAGGACUAUCCCUUCAUUGAAAUAUUUUACAGCCCAGAACAAGCUGUGAACCAAGGGAGGGUUGUGGAUCCUAAUAUAACAAAAUACUCAGUCAAGGUCUUGCCUUUCAAUUAUGAUCCCAGUGCGUAUGGAUUUAGGGAGUUCUUCAAGCGACAUGGUAUAAACUUAUCGACUCCAAACAGCUAAGAAAUGAGUUAAUCCCCAAUAUAACCUUUUUGAGCCUGCAGAAAACAGCUUGGUUCUGCUAUUUAAUGGUUGAUCUGUCAGAGUAAUAGUAUCUAUGCAGUUGAAGCCGGUUAAGCGUUGUUCACCUCAUUGAUUGUGCCUUUCAGGUUUUAUAUAGUGCAAUUGGGAUCUUGGCCGGGAUUGGGAUCAGCCACUUCGGACGCAAAUGACCUAUUGUGAACAUUGAAUUGGACUUAAUAAGAGGUGUUUGGUUAAGAGUUCAUCCAUUUGUAUCCAAGAUGGUUACAAACAUAAUUUGUAGUCAUGCAUUUUUUCUUUCUUUCUAGAGGAUGAAGUGUUAUUUA